AUGCCUCCGUCAAUGGAUCAAACCGAGGCGGAGGCGGCGCCCGAGGACGUCACAUCCACCCACCAGGGCGGCGAUGUCGAAAUGACGGAAGAGAACGAAGUCACCAGAGGUCCAGAAGUUGAAGAAACUGCCGCCAACGAUAAUGAACCGCCCGCCAGAACCUCCUUCAUGUCCUAUCUGUCGUCGCCAGUCGUCACACUAGUCAUUGGCCACGACGAAAACCAGAGUUUGCUCACCGCGCAUCAAGCACUGCUCUGUAAGAGCCCGUACUUCGCAGAGCUGUGCCAAUCCUUCGUUGACGACGGCAGCCCGCGACAACUAGAACUUGACGAGGACACAUUUGCUGUCGGUUCAUUCCUCGAAUUCCUCUACACAGGCGAAUAUUUCCCCAAGAAGAUCCCCGGACAGCGAGUUCUCGAAGUGGAUCCCGACAUGCCCAAGGUAGAUGACACAGGUGUACAUCUCCUCAAGCAUGCGCGCGUGUAUACAUUGGCCGAGAAAUUUGGCGUACCGGAGCUGAAGAAGCUGUCGUCGAGUAAGAUCCACUGCAUCGAUUCGACGGCCAAGGGCGAGAUCGAAUACGCACGAUACGUCUAUGCGCAUACUACCAACGACGAUUCCAAGGUUCGCGCACCGAUUGCGAGCUUUUGGGCGACGAGAUCGCACACUUUGCGGGCCGAGGCGGAGGACGAGUUCAAGGCUUUGUGCUUGGAGUAUCCUCAAUUUGGUUACGACGUUUUGACCCGCGUCCUGGACGACAAGCUCAAGCGCGAACGGACGGACAAGAUGCACCCUUCUACAACGAGUGGCCGCAAGCGUGCAAGACACAGCAGCAGUGCGGCGGGAUCUGUCGCUUAA